AUGCUGAACGUUGCGAGGGACAUCAUAGACAAAGAAGUGUGCAUCGACUGGCCAAUUCUGAAGAUUGCUGACUACACACGUCGACUUGAAAAUGGGUAUUGGCAAUAUUCUAACCUUUGUGUUCAGCUUCUCAGUAGCUACAGAAAUAAAUUUCGCGAUCUGUUCGCUUUCCUUGAGAAAUCUCACACUCCUGACGACGCUUACCUGGCUAGUGAUAUAUGGGAGAACGAAGCCAGACGGAAGGAGCGUGUGUCUGAAUUGAAAGAGUUCCUGUGCAGCGUUCCAACGUACGGUAUGGAAAAGCAGGAAGGUGGAAAGCAGUAUGUCGAUCGCCUUGUUAUAGCUCAUAUAGAAAAUGCCAUCAAGGAGGUGCCAAAGAAGCGGUGGGGAUUCCGGAAGUGUGCUAUUAAUCCCGGUGUUCUAUAUCGAGUACGUCAAUUUGUGAUUUGGUUCAUAAUUGUGAUCAUUUUUGAAAUAAUGACAUGCAGCCGAGCAGUUCAGGCUGAGCUGUACGGUGGCAAAUGCUGUGCUGAUCCAGAUGCUGAUUUCAUAUUGCUAGAUCGGGUUGUUUAUACUUUACAGGGAACAACGAUUCCGUUCGGAUCUCAAGGAACAGUGGUUGGCCUCUCAUCUGGAAAAGUUGAUGUAUUAUUCGACCAUGAGUUCAAUAGUGGCUAUAAAAUCAGAGGAACGAGAAACAGUGGCGCUUGCGUAGCAAAAACCUCUCUUAUCAACAUCACUUAUGGUAAAUCACGGAAAGGGCGUUCUACUCCAACGGCUGAAGAAGUGAAGAAACACAGAGAAUAUCGUCACAAUCGUGUGAAGAAAGAAAAACGUCUGGUUGCAGGCAAAGAAAAUUUCAUCUCCGUCAAGCAAAAGAGCAGUUUGUCAGGAGCACAUUUAUCACCACUGGGCAUACAACAAGGGCAAUCAAUAUCUGAACAACUUCAGAAAAUUGCACUUAUGAAAGCUAAUAUUGCAACACCUCCAAUUUUAAACUCUGGAGCGGAUCCAAUCGCCACUCAUCCUCCUCCAAUCGAGAGCCUCGCUAUUUCGAAAGAACUUGUCGAAAACCAAUUAGCAUCUCUGCUUGGGAUUAAAACAUCGAAAAACGAAAGAGUUGCUACCAAAAAUGAGGAUUGGAAAGGUAUGUGGGAAACAUCAUCAGUACUCAAGCUGUUUGCAAUCUCGUCGGAGAACACUUGUAACGAUAAAAAUGUAACUGUGGAGCCCAAGUUAAGCGGAACUGGUCAACCAAGUGCCUUCACGAAGUUGUUUCCUGCAGGUCCCCAAAAUCACAAUGAGAACUGCACGAAUGCGUUCUCAACCCUGAAGGUGCAGCAAACUCCUGUGAGUAAUGCUCCCUUCCCUGCAGACUUAGGAACUCUCCUAAUGCGAAGAGGAAAUGUUCCCUUCAGAGGGAACCAGCGGAAGAGAGCCCCUGCCAUGCAGGUCACACUACCAUGUAGGAAGCCACGCCGUAGACGAGGUGGGAAGCAACUUUCCACACUGACACGUGCAGACCAGCAGAACCAAGAAGGUGAUGUUGCGGCGAAUAGUGGCACUAAUGCAAUCCCUCCAUCACGUGGUUUCGCCUCAUCUCGAGCUCACCGUGUCCGAAAGUCGAGGCUAGCUCCAAAGUUUGCCGAGAGCAAUUGA